UGACUUGGAGAAGUAUAAAUAACGAUUGAGUUUAGCAGCGAGACCAGUGUAAGACCAGCUUUAAUUAUAAAAAUGAUCAAUUAUCCUGCGUUAAUUUUUGGCUUGGCUGGCUUAGCAGUAGUAAUAACAGGGUAUCCAAAUAAUUUUCCACGGGAUUGGUCAGAUAGCCGUAUUGUUGGUGGAGAAGAUGUUAAUAUUGAGGAAGUACCUUAUCAAGUUAGUGUUCAAGUUCGAGGGCGUCAUUGGUGCGGAGGCAGUAUAAUAUCGGAGAAUUGGGUUCUUACUGCUGCUCAUUGUACCCGACUUCCUCAACGCAAGUAUUCAAUUCGUGCUGGUUCUGUGUGGGAUGAUCGUGACGGAAACGUCUACGACGUUGACAAAAUAAUUAAUUAUCAUGAUUACAGUGAUCAUCAUGAUGUGCCAGAAAAUGAUAUUUCUCUGGUUCAUGUGAGGGAACCAUUUGUCUUUGAUGAAACUUGUCAGAUUAUAGAGCUGCCUGAUCAAGGUGAAAAAGUUGAAAUUGGAGCGUAUUCUGUUGUCACUGGCUGGGGUGUGACGAAGAAAUUGCCCAUCAGUGGCCGACUUCAAGCAGUAUCCGUUCCUAUUAUUAGUAUUACAAGUUGUCAAAAGGCUUACGGCGUUGAUGUUAUCCCAGACCAUGGAGUAAUUUGUGCAAUGGUACCAGAAGGUGGCAAAGACAGCUGUCAAGGUGAUUCCGGUGGACCAAUGGUCGUUGAGAGACGACUUGUUGGUAUUGUAUCUUGGGGAGUCGGAUGUGCGCUACCAGGAAACCCUGGAGUUUAUACGGAAGUUCAAUAUUACCGCGAUUGGAUUAAAACAAUUACUGGAAUCGCUAUGAAAUCUUCGAAACAGCAAACAGUAAGCCGACCAUCGAAGAGAAUGUUCAAGUUUUUCUUCUCUGCUGCCUUAUUGGCCAUUGGAUUUGCAAAUGCAUUCCAUUGGUACCCGAUAAUUAACCCUUUCACUCCUAACGGGCGUAUUGUCGGUGGAAAGCCAACGGAUAUCAAAGAAGUACCUCAUCAAGUAUCUCUUCAGGUUUACGGUUUUGCUUUCUGUGGUGGUACAAUCGUUGCCGAAGAUUGGGUACUUACUGCUGCUCAUUGCGCAGUUUAUUCUGCCAGCGCAAUUGAAGUUCGCGCCGGAACAGCAACAAAAGGUAGUGGUGGAACUCUUCAUGGUGUUUCAAAGAUUAUAGUUCACGAAAAUUUCAAAACGAAUCGCUAUGGAAUCCCAAUAAACGAUGUCGCACUAAUGAAAUUAUCUAAACCUUUUGAUGUCGAUGAGUUCCGUCAACCGAUUGAUCUUUUCAAAUACCAAGAAGAAGCUGCCGAAGGAAUUCAUUCGACAAUCACUGGAUGGGGUGCUACUGUAGAAGGUGGCUCUACUCCUGACGUUCUAAAUACUGUCGAUGUGCCAAUAAUCAGCAAAACAGAAUGCCACGAUGCUUACCUUUCAUUUGGAGGACUUCCAGAGGGACAAAUUUGUGCAGCCUAUCCAGAAGGUGGCAAAGACGCUUGUCAAGGUGACUCUGGUGGCCCUUUGACUAUCGAAGGUCGUCUUGCUGGAAUAGUAUCCUGGGGAAAUGGAUGUGCUCGGCCAGGAUAUCCUGGAGUUUACACUGAAGUUGCGAGUUUUCGUGAUUGGAUAGAUGAUAAAAUGGCCAUGUAAAUUAUUGUAUAAUUUACCAAUUGAUAGUCUAGUUUUUUUACUGUUGGUUCUAUUAAUAAAUUUUUACUUAUGUGAAGUUAUGGAUUAUUUCAAUUAAUCAAAUUAAUUAUCAAAUAACAUCCAUAUAUAUAAGUAUUACAUAUAAGACUUUGGUCAGUCGGGUGAAAAAAUUCUUCAACAGUUACUAAAGUAGAUGAGCGAUUCCGUGGACACAUUCGUGGAUCGAAGUCUAAGCUUAUGACGAGGAAUGAGACCCGGGUUUCGACGACGUUCACUAGGGUAACCUGAGAUGUGACGUCGAACGAUUUAUAGUUUUAUAAUUUUUUUCUACUGGAUCUGCAGAACAGGCAGUCAGCCGAAAAAUAUCUAAGACCCCGGACAGUGACAUCACAAGAGGACUAUCGACUUUCCCGGGUUAAAUUAAUGAACCUACCAAUCGUUGAAGACAAUUGUAAUUUCUAAGUUUAACGAACUGCAAAUCAAUAUAAAUACUUCACUAUUCA